AUUGAAAUAAUCCUAAAUGAUGAAGUUGUGAUCAGUGAAGGCCUUGUGGCAUUGCGGAGGUUUGGGAGGGAAACGUCCGAUCGUCUAGGGUUAAUGCAGACAAACGCCAAUUGCCUGGAGGAGGCCAAACAGGUACGAACGACCACAAAAACUGUGUCGUACUCUGCUCCAUUCGAAUGGCUGACUUCAAUUUUUCUAGCGCCUCGAGUGGCGAUUAUUCGAGAAGAAGGCUCUAAUGGUGAUCGUGAAAUGGCGGCCGCUUUCGCUUUAGCCGGGUUCGAACCGCAUGACGUCACCAUGACAGAUCUUCUAGCUGGACACAAACUUGAUCCGUAUAGGGUUGUUGCAUUUGUCGGCGGGUUCUCCUAUGCUGAUGUGCUCGGUUCGGCCAAAGGCUGGGCAGCGGCGAUUCGUUAUAAUCCUUCGGUUCGCCUGGAGUUCACACGUUUUCGUAAUAGGACCGACACUCUCUCGUUUGGUGUGUGCAACGGCUGUCAGCUGAUGGCCCAUCUGGGAUGGAUAGGCGAAUACGAAGGCUCGCCAUCGGUGUUCCUUGCCGAAAAUCGCUGUGGUCGAUUCGAAUCCGUCUUUGGUCCGGUCAGGGUUGAGCACUCCACAUCAAUCUGGCUUCGAGGGAUGGAAGGAGCGGUGCUGGGUUUGUGGAGCUCUCAUGGUGAAGGCAAGUGUUCCAACAUCUCCUUAGGUCGUUUCACCUACCGUAACGCUAACGUCUUUGAGACUUUACGAAAUUCCGGGCAGAUUGCGGUCCGCUAUGUGGACGGAGACGGCCACCCAAGUAUGAUGUACCCAUGGAAUCCGAAUGGCUCCGAGGACGCGGUGGCAGCUAUCUGUAGCCAGGAUGGGCGUCAUUUGGCCAUGAUGCCUCACUCAGACAGGUCAUUCCUCCUUGGCAAUGGGCAGAAUAUCCAACUGAAUGGGAAACCUCAGAAAAUCACACUGCACCGUGGAUAA